GCCAGCAUAAGCAAAUCAUGUACCCGCUAGUGCGCUUGUGUGUUGUAGCAGACUCCGCGCUCGUUCGUUUUACAAGAAUUAAUGCCCGAAACGGAUAUUCUACACAUCGUUGGUUGCCCCGUGACACACAAUGAAGUUGCAAGUGCGUGCAUGGCCUCGGACGCUGGUGGCCUGCCCCGUGGAUGUCUCCUGAUAGCUUACACCUGAGUUCCUGAACGGUCGACAUGGGCAACUGCGUGUCAGCGCGGCACCGCGAAGGUGGAGCCGCGGUCCGACGAGAACGCAUGUUCCACGUUUGGAACCUAGACGAACAUGGAGUAGAGCUCAGUCCAGGCAAGAUGGAGGUCACAGAGACAGAUCUAGUACUUCACCAACGGGGAAGACUGCCCGUGCGUUGGCCUUUGCGAGGCCUACGUCGUUACGGUUUCGAUGCCCAGCUCUUCUCUUUCGAAAGCGGACGCCGAUGUCCGACGGGAUCGGGAAUUUAUGCCUUCAAGUGUCACAGGGCAGAAGGCCUCUUCAACGCGCUCCAAGAAUGCAUUCAGAAUUCUGGAGCGGCAGCAGCUAUGACCACUACCAUCAGCUCUGUAUCUGAUCAGCAACAACAGAAUGGCCCGAACAACUUUAUAAGCAGCAACAACGCACACAGUGUGUUUCCUGUUGCAGGCAACAACGCUGGCCCUACUGUUGAUUCUGCAGGCUACCUCGAGCCAAUUGCUCUCGGCAACCCUCGUCACGCUGAAGAGGUUGCACGCACGCAACAUUCUUACGUGAAUUCUUGCACACAGUGUGGCCAACCACAUCCUCCUCCGUGUGUGGAUGUGAAUACUAACUACGCCAAGCUCGACGACCUGCUGAAGCAGGAAGCAGGAGCAAAGAGGAGGGACCAGCAGCACUUCUACGUUAACGUGUUCACUGGUGGCAGCGAUGCACAGCAAACUCAGCAGCAACCUCCACAGCACUCUUACGCUAACCUCAGCUGUCCUGCAUCGCCUGAUCGUGCCACAGUUUCGGAAGAAGAUCGCCAGGUGAACUAUGUUGUGCUGGAUCUUGACCACAGGAGUGACUCCAGCACGAGUGUCGUGUCUCCAGUGACUACGUCUGCGCCAAACGGGGUUCCGGCCACAGCCUCGCAGCCAUCUUCGCCAUUGUGGGCCCCAGAGGGAUAUGCCACCAUAGACUUUGAUCGAACAGCAGCGCUAUCCAAUUCCGCCAACCCGAGUGCUCUUACACAUGACGACAGCAUUCGGAAGACAAGGCAUAACAGCACUGUGGUGCCUGUCCUGUCCUGAGCCUGAGCUUUAAGAUACUUUCAAGUGGUUGUAUGUGGUGCUGCUCUUGAUGAAUGUGAAUACGCUAUUUUGCUCCACAGGGUUUAGAGGUCACAAGGUAUUUUGUGUGGUGAGGGUAUUUAUGACUUCCUAAUGAACAGGAGCAGCCUUGAAAUGUGUGAAAAGACUGGAGUCUCAAUUGGUGCUGCUGGAGCAGACAAAGGUCUUAUAUCCCCACCUCUACAGAACCGACAGUGAUGUUGUAUAGGAGUGCGUACAAGAAGUAAUGACCACCAGGAAAUGUUGAUACUAUUUGACAUAUUUGUUAGAACAUGAAGGACUCUAAACAGCUGUGUGCUACUACAAGGGGUGUCAUUAUAAUGAUUCAGUAUAUGAUUAGCUGGUCACCAGCACAGCGUGCAACAUCCACAGUUUGCCCGAGUACUCCCCACAUGCUGCGGUGGUGACAUGGCUAUAUACAAUAAUGAGGAAUGUCAUUGUACUAGCAUUAUUAGGGCAUUAUAUGUGUUUGCCAAAGACGAGAGAGAGAGAGAGAGUAUCCACUUUGCCACACUCUCUAUGAUCCACAUGUUCCAGAUAAACUCCAUUCCUGUUUUUAGUUUACUGUAUGGAAUACUAAGAGAAAACUGGGUACAAGUGGAACCGGUUGGUGAAGCCUCAGGAAGAGAGCCGUGGAUGUUUCGAACAGAGACUGUUGUUCUUCGGGGCGCAAUCCACAUCAUUGGCGGGGUAAUUUAAAGGGUUAGGGGUGACACGCUAAAUGGGUAUUGUAGGUCAUCAGCACUGGGAGGUGAAGAUUAGCCGAUUUGUUGGGGUUAGGAAGGGGGAUUACAUGAAUGAACGCAUCUUUACACCAGACCUGGUUAGAAAGAUAAGGAAGUUAGUGGUCACAUGUGGGGAAACGAAAACUGGGAGAGAUAUCAAUGCAGGGAAAUGAGUCUUUGUAGAAAACAAGCUAUAUAUGGAACACUGCUCUUGCCCACCCCUAGGCAGGCAUGGCUUCCAUAACCAGCUCUGUGGUCCUGCAUACCAAAACGAUGUAUUUCCAUCAGCUACACAAAAGUGGUGAAUGUGAUGUCGCAAGCAAGACGUGCGUACUCUAUCGCUUAACACUUCCUAGUGUGCUGCAGCAUCAGUGGGAGUCCAGGUUUUUUUAAGUUGGUUCUGUCAGCAUAUAGAAAACACUCAAUGUUAAGGGCCCUGGAAGUUUGUCUCCUCAGUAUUUUUUGUUCCUUUUGUGCAUGCUAGGAAACUUGUGGUAUUCAGUGUAUAUGUCUGUGUGUAGUUACAACAGCUGUUGAUGAUAGCUGCAGAACUGAAGUGAAAGAACACAAGGUACCAUGAGCAAUGUACUGAUAGAGCUUUGCAUCUUAGGGUUAAACACAGCAAAGCCAGUUCCCCCCCCCCCCCCCCGAUUUACAAAAAAGCAUAAAACCCGAAAACUCGAAGGCCUAUCUAUCGAUGCCAAAGGAAGUUGUAUUUUCAUGAUUACCCUCGGCACCCUUCAUGUAAACCUGUCACAGCUGUGCUCUGAGCUGUACGAUCAUCAUGUACAUUUUACUCAAGCAUUGUUAAGGCAAAGAAACACCAGAGAUGUGAUGGAGAGUUUCUUGUUUACAUUGUCAAUAUCCAUUGUUUGCAUUACUGCUUCUACACAGGCAGUAAGCUGAGUAAGGCACAAUGUGCAAAAAGAAGGAAAAAAAAAAUGCUGCUCCAAAAUGGCAGCAUGUACAUAGAAGCCUAUAAGCGUAUUACCACCACUGAAGGGUCGCAUGAGUACAGGAGUCUUAUACUCCCUGUCCAACAGAGUGCAUUGCGCACCUUGUAGUUUGCUCACCCACAAAACCAGAGGAUGACUACUCUAGAGCAAAGGUAACAGAUUCUGUUGUAACAUCAGAAAAAACUUUCAAAGAAAUUUGACAUCACUUGCGACAGGAUUUCCCACAGUGUGCGUAGAUUGCACAUACAGAUGCAACUCGUGGGAGUGUAUUGGAAACCUCGUGAAAGAGAACGAUAACCAGACCGAAGACAAAUGAGAUGCCUACUGUCAAGUUCUGGUGAAAGAGGUUGCCCAGACAAGACCCUGCAUUUCAUGCCCUUCCGACAGGCUGACAGCAGACCCCCCUUGUAGUCAUUGUGUUUCGACCGUACCAAAGAUUUCGCGGCACUUUACUGCUGCUACAAGCAGUAGCAAAUUAAGAAAGUGCCCCGAGCGUUGCUAAUAUAUAUAUAUAUUUACAUGCUAGUGGUGUACAGUUUUAUAGUCGCAGCUCUAAACAGACACGUAUUUAAACUAUUGUACCUGUCCACAUAUUAUACACUGAUAUUACUGUCACUGUUCGCAGUUGGCUAGAGCAGCCGUCCAUUCUGAUGCUGGCUGAAGCAUUUCUUUUCAGCUGUGGAUAGUAUGUAAGUGCUAAUUACAGAUGCUGUCGCUAGUUACUAUUGUUGGCUAAGAUGAUGACACGGAAAAACUGAGACAUGUGGCGCAGUGCAGCUACUUAUUAUAGCUAUGUCCUUAUUGUGUCAACAACAGAUGGGAAUAGCAUAUCUUAGUUCCUGAUUCCAAAGUGAAACCCUGUGCCUAAUGACCAAUCUGAAGGUGACUGGGCAUACUGUUUGCACAUGGGCGCAAGGUUCCAGUAAUGGUGGCUGUGCCUCAGUGGAGAGGCCAUGUUUGUUAUCACAAUACAGUUACACAUUGUAGCAGUAACAUGUUUGAAUCUAUGUUAAACAGCAUGCCAAACUACACCGUAGCAUGCAACGCAAUGUUGGUAUUAUACGAUUGCCGAGGAAAGGUGAAGUCGUCAACGUGGGAAGUCGUCCCAGUUGUCAACAUGAGGCAUUCAAACAAAUAUACUGAGGCACCCAUUUACAUAGUUGUUUGUUACACCGGCUGCAGCUGUUAUUAAAGCUGUGUCAACAAUGAGACACACAAGGAAAAUGACAGGCAAUGAAAGUAUGCCAACUGUCACUGAAGGAUAUGACGCUGUCCCCGUCCUUUGUGACACUUCCCCCCCCCCCCCCAAGCUCUGUCUGGCGAAAUAUUUUCUUACAUGUCACCAGUCUCAUCACAAGAGGGUUAGAGUAUGUCGAGAGAGUAAGUAAUUAGGUACUACAGCAAGCUUGUUAAGUUUUUACAGUGGUGCCACGGAGUAAGGUUACUUGCCAAAAUUGUAUGUGUUUUUGAUUGUAUGCGCUGGAAAAACAGAGCUUCUAUAAUGGAACUGCAGAUAUAUUUAUAACAAUAAACGCUACUGACCACAGACGA